UAAAUUCUCUUUCGUGGGGGAACCCCCACGACUGACUUAGCUCUCUCGCUAUCCACAAUUCUCUCGUUUAGGUUCCCCCCAGCGAGACGGCUAAACAACUCCUUCCACGCAGUUCUCGAUCUCUCGCGGAAAAAGCUGGUUCAGUUUCGGUUCAAUGAGCGUAUCCACUUGAUUGACUAAUAAUCAAUUCGCUUCUGUCAAACCCGUGUUUACUAUUAUGACAGUGAUUGGAAGAAUCGAGCGAACGAAUAGUGCUGCACAUUUCAGAUAUGAAUAAUUUAACUACGGGUCGUGCGGUGAACACGCAAAUGGCUCCAGAGCAUACCACUGCCGAGGCAACGUGUUUGGUGCUGGAGUCAACGCGACAGACGAAGCGCCUGGAUCGGAAGAAUCUGCAGAUUCAUCUCCAGACCGCUCUAGAGGACAUACUCAGUGAACCCAGCAACGAGGAUGGCGUGCUGAAGUUGGAACUUCUAUUGCAAGACAGCCGCUUCAAGACGCUACAUGAUCUGAUCGAGGAAAUGAAGCACUGGGACACGCUGACAACCAUCCCGGAGCCGAAGAGUUUUCUCUUUAACGCCAAGCUGCAGCCCUUUCUUGAAAGAAUGCUAAAAAACAUCGACGACUAUCGGCCCUACUUGGUCUGUCUGAUAUCACGUUUCGGUGCUGUGAACGAGAAAAUAGCACCGGAAAUGAACACCCCUCUGCACUACGCCGUCGAUGCGCUCAACAUUAGCUUCGUGGAGUGGCUACUGGCGCAGCCGGAUCUCGACAUAAACAGCCGCAACAAACAACGCAAGACGGCGUUGUUUCUGCUGUGCGAACUGUAUGAUGCCGCUGUGAACAGUCCCCGGUUCAAGAAACGGACCCUGCAGACAGCGAAGAAUCCGAUCCAGGUGGGGGAUAUUCGAAAGUGCAUCCUGCUGCUGUUGGAGGGCGGAGCGGAUUUCAAUGUGAGUAGCGAUAGGUUGAAGCUGCCGUUCGAGCUCCUGAUGCGGAAUCGUUCCGACGAGAAUGAACAGUUUAUGGAGCAGUGUGUCAGGAAGUUCGGUUUCGGUAUUGCUAUCGGGAAAACCAAUCAGCUGAAGCAGCGUGUGGUAGGAUUCUAUCGGGAAACGGGGACGGUUAGGGUGACCGUGGAGUUGUUGGAGAUUUAUUUGCGAUUCGAGGAUCAGGAUAGUUUCGUGAGGGAGUUUGAGCGGUUCCGAGUUGACAAUAGGAAUGUUAGGGAAGUCAUAAUACUUCUGCUGCACACAGCAGUGGAGCUGGAUCUUGAAGCGUGCGUGAAGAGGAUUGUGGACAGCGCUGGUAAGAAAAUUUUCCAAGUAGAGAAAAAGCGGAAAUCGAACUUGAGGCGCGUCUGUGAUCCCGGGAAUGAAGUUGAUGCGAAUUCAUCCGAAAUGACGCACAGACUAGAGUUGAAGGGUUUACUGAAAAAAGCUUGCGAGAGUGGUAAUGUCGCAACGUUAACGCUCCUGUUGGGCAAUAUUACCGAUCGGGUGCUGAUCAAUGACGAUCCGAUUCUUGUGUUCACUUUAAAUCGGGCCCGCGAGCUGUGGAAGCGUGAAGAGGAACGAGAUAAGGUGCUUGAAUGUGCUGAUCUUCUUGCGAAUGAUCAGAAAGUUUAUCUUACUCGUACCGAUAAUAACGGGAACACUGCUCUCCACAGUGCCCUGAAAUUUGGGUUCACAAAUAUAGCACUUACGCUGCUCGAGCAAAAGUAUGCUUUCUUGGGAGUACGAAACAAAGAUAAUCUGACACCACUGGAUUACGCCAGGUAUGAGUUCUGGAGUGUGUACUUCGAUCGGUGUGUAUCGGUUGACAUGAGGCGGUCCUAUUAUGAUCGAUCCGAAGUACGUUUCAAUUUGAAUGGGUUCGAUCCGUACAUUUUCAAGAAGGAGCGAUCGAAGAAAUCUUCUCCCAAAGAUCGCAGCGAGCCGAAUCUCUGGCGCAUCGUUGAGAAAGCCUCCGCGUCCAAUGUGACUCACGAGCAUGAGCAAACGUUCGUGACGGAGAUGGAUCCCAUCAAAAUAAUUUCGAAAUCGAAGGAUUUGAAGCGGCUGCUCAUUCAUCCCGUAGUUUACACCUUCAUCUUAGUGAAAUGGUUGAGAUUGACCAAAUGGAGUUAUCUGAAUCUUCUGUGUACGCUCGCAACGGUCAUCUGUUUCGGUUGGCAUUCGCUGGACUCCUGCAAUGGGGGCGGUUUCUCGAUUCCAUUAAUGGUGCUAUCGUUCAUAGGGGCUAUUUUCAUGAUAUGCAGAGAAAUCACGCAAUUUCUAUUUCUACGAUUCAACUAUUUCCUUUCGUUCGAAAAUUAUGUUGACAUAACCACAAUCAUCCUGAUGCUGUAUGUCAUGUUCAGUGGUUGCAAUUCGAUAAUAUCUUCCCUAACCGUCAUCGCAUUUGCAAUGCAACUGACAGUCCUUAUCGGUUCACUCCCGUUCAACAGCCUUUCAAUUUAUAUGCACAUGUUCCAAGCUGUUGCUGUCAAUUUCCUGAAAAGUUUCUUGCUCUUCAUUCCCCUUCUUGGCGCCUUCACCUUCAGCUUUUUCCUGUCAUACAACGACGAAACAGUCCCGCGUGCGACUCCACCGGACGACAAUCAGUUCAACAAUUUCGGAACCUUCUCGGAUGCGGCAUUGAAAACACUGGUCAUGACGACGGGUGAAUUCGAAGCGGCCGCCGUGGACUUUGGCGGUGGCAAAAUCUUUAUUUUCGCUCUGUUCAUAUUCUUCGCUCCGAUCGUCAUCCUGAACCUGAUCAACGGUCUUGCCGUUAGCGACAUCACCGCGAUCAAAGAAGAGGCCGAACUGAUCAGCAUUACCAAGAAGGUACUCAUUCUGGAUCGGUACGAGCGUGGCCUGCGGAACAUACCCUUCGGGCUGGUGCGGAAGGCCUUCCCUAGUGCGUUCUUCGAGAACCACUCGUACGUGGUGGUCGUAAGGCCGAAGGAGUUUCGUAAGAUUCUAGUGCAGCACAUCACCCAUUCGGUUGAAGACCAUCGGGGGAAGAGAGCCCCCAAAGGGGAGUUGCGAGUUGUUCCGAACAUUCCCGGCGGUUGGUUUGCGCGGGGUUCGGAAGGUUUGUUCAUAAAUCUGAGGUUUGUGAAGUUCGCUUUGUUCUCAACUCUGGAUGAGCAUGUUAUGGAGCAGGCGUUAAGAAUCGCUGACGGAAAUAUUAUGGUGAAGAAAUUUGUACACGAAACCAGUUUUGAGCUAACGGCGAACAAAAACGAAUCGCUCGAAUCGGAGAUGAAGCUUGAUGAAUUGAAGAUGGAAGUGGAGAAAAUGAGUCGACUAUUGACUAGAUUAGUUCCGCAGGUCACUCCAUCAGCGGUUAAAGUUUUGCCAACUAGGUCAAAGAAGCAACGAGUUGUGAAGAUGCCGAAAAUCGACGAAAAACCCGAAGAAGGAGAUUUUCGGAACGUUGUCGGAUUGACAAAAGCCGUUGUUAAAUUCAAACGAAACAAAAGGAAGCGAUUCAAUAAACAAAGUUAGA